CGCCCUUGGAGUGCAUCGCGCUGAUCGCGCGCUGCAUCACCAAUAUCAGUAGUUAGUCGGCUAUCGGACUUGAGUCGUUGAAGGCAUCUAAAAGAAAAAUCGAAUGUCUUCUUUCGGUGGUUACACAGUCGCCAGACAUUGCCGUACGUGUACUUUAUCAAUGAAUAAUUCAACUGCUCGUCGCGUGCUGAGAACCACUGACAUUUCGUAUAAUUCAUGCCAAGGCGGAGACGAGCGCUCCGUAGAUGUGUGAUGUGGUUCAAUUCGAAGCCUUCCUCGAUCGUUGCUCGGGGAUAUCUAGAGAUCAUACGUGAAAUCUAUGUCGGCGGUAGCAGUGGUGGGGUAAACGACUUAUUAACAUCGCAAGUAUCGCGAAAACGAUUGUACAACGGGAGUGCCGGUGCACGAGUGUUUAGUGAUCAAUGAACUCUGCGGUGCUGUAUAUUGGGGCGUGCUGCCAGUGGUACUUAUUAAGCCGGCAGAUAUGACAACAUAAUAGAGAAUUAUAAAUUAAAUUUCCCAUAAGGAAAUAACUAGAGGUGGUCAAGUAAAGAUGAACGAUAUAGAAAGCAUAAGCAUGAAAGGCAGCGGUGGAUCUAAGAUGCCUCAUAGUCAUUCGACUCCGGCAGGUGUAGAUGGAGGUAGUAGAACUCCUCCUACGACACCUAGAAAAGCUGGAAAGAUGCUUGCUGUUCGUGUGCAAAUGUUGGAUGAUACAAUUACAAUGUUUCAAGUUCAGGCAAAAGCAUUGGGCAGAGUAUUAUUUGAUCAGGUUUGCAAGCAGUUACAUCUUUUAGAAGCCGAUUAUUUUGGUCUCGAGUACCAGGAACCAAACGGAACAAAAUAUUGGUUAGAUUUAGAAAAGCCCGUUUGUAGACAAGUGGGAUUGUCACUGAUCGACCCACUGUUGAGAUUUUGUGUUAAAUUUUAUACACCUGAUCCUGCACAAUUGGAGGAGGAGUUCACAAGAUAUUUAUUUUGCCUUCAAAUCAAACGAGACUUAGCUCAAGGUUUAUUACAGUGCAAUGAUAAUACAGCAGCUUUGAUGGCCAGUUAUAUUGUUCAAGCCGAAUGUGGAGAUUACGUGUUAGAGGAUUAUCCAGAUCACACAUAUUUGUCGACGUACAAAUUUGUGCCUCAUCAAGAUCAAGAAUUGGAACGUCGCAUCAUGGAGAAUCAUAAGAAACACGCCGGUCAAUCUCCGGCGGAGGCAGACUUGAAUUUGCUAGAAACGGCACGUCGUUGCGAGUUGUACGGAAUGAAAAUGCAUCCAGCAAAAGAUCACGAAAAUGUACCUCUGAACUUGGCGGUGGCGCACAUGGGGAUCGUAGUCUUUCAAAAUUACACCAAGAUAAACACGUUCAGUUGGGCGAAAAUCAGGAAAAUCAGUUUUAAGAGGAAACGAUUUCUGAUCAAACUUCAUCCGGAGGGUUACGGUUAUUACAAAGACACGGUGGAGUUCUUUUUCGAGGGACGUAACGAAUGUAAAAAUUUCUGGAAGAAGUGCGUGGAGAACCAUGGAUUCUUCCGUUGCUCCGUGGUGAAACGAGUGGUACGACAGAAAACUCGAGUCCUCAGCCGCGGCUCGUCGUUCAGGUAUAGCGGCAAGACUCAGAAGCAAAUCGUCGAGUUCGUGCGAGACAAUUACGUGAAGAGGCAGACGUUUCAAAGGUCCAAUUCGUUCCGGCAGACUAGCAGUGGUAGGGCAUUGCAGGGCUUGGAGGGGGGAGGUUAUCGUGGGGCCACUCCAAGCAGCUCCCUUAUGGGCAGCUCCAGCAUCUCUGCCCACCCCCUCCUGCCCCUCGGCGAUCCUGCACUGGAAACCCCAGCUCUGUCUCUAUCAUGCGGCUCGAUGACACUGGAUUCUCCGACGACUGUGACGAGUGUCUCGAUGGGAGGGACGAUUCACCGUCGCGAAGACACAGCUACGUCGUUUCGGACACUUACGUCCAUCGACGUCCAUUCCCCGGCCACACCCAGCCAGGUCCCAGCACCGCGGCAGAUGCUUGUUACCAGCCAGCAACGGAUUUCAUCAGCAGGUCGUAUCAGCCCCUCUAACAGCAGUCCUCCCGAAUUUCCCCCACCGCGACCCAUGCCCAGACAUCCCUGGCAGCGAUCGGCCAGUUGCCGCGAACUGUACGCUUCUAGCUUCGAGGAUUCAGGGAAAGCGCGAUCAAAGGACGAGAAAGCUUCCGGCGAAGCGAAUUCCUUCGAACCUUUCUGUUUGCCUUCUCAAGGCGAGCUAGAGAAUCCCGUGACGCGGUACGGUGAGGAGAGCAACCGAUCGUAUAGCGCGGCCAGUUCGAAAUUGCCGUCGCUCGAUCACGACUCGGUGCCCGACAGGGUGUACAGUAGCUCCUAUCCGGGAACGUCGUCGCUCUCCACCGAGUCCGGCCACGAGGAGUCUGGCCCGGCGGGAGAUCUAUCGCACGACGAUCUCUCGCACGAUUCGUACGAGCUUCUGGAACGCGAGCACGAAUUUGAGUAUCCGGAGUCGUACUCGAGCCCUCGCGACGACGACGAGGAGGAGAACGAGCCGAUAUCGGACCGUAGCGACGAAGGGAUCGAGCACGAGAUGUUCCAAAUGGACUCCGAGACCGAUUCCUUCGUGAAGCACAGGUCGAUCAAGUCGUCGGACAAGCAACACUUCAAAUCCGUGCUCGUCGACCUGAAGAAUGCCAGGACAAAGUCUAUCGAUCGGUACUCGGCAGUUACCGGUCCCAAUAAAUCCGUAGACGGUGAUUACGUGACCGUAGAAUCUAGGAUACAACGAUCUAGCACGCAGAUCGAGCGAAAAUUCGAGACGCGACACGCCAAUUCCGUAGAACAGCCGCAACAGCAACAAAGUAAAUUCCUUCCUCUUCCGCAUCAGGAUUCCGCGAAGAAAGACCCGGUCGUGUUGCAAGUGCAGAAACAAAAGAUGUCCGUGCUUAACGAGCUGAAAAAUUUCAAGCCCAAGUACAAAAUCACUCACGUGGAUUCCGAGGUGUUGAGGGACGAGGGUAUCAUGCGUCCAAAGUCUCGGAUCGACGACGAUCUGAGCCCGGUCGACGGGACCGGCCGAUCGAUCGUCGAUCAGAGAGCGAGGACCGUUAGGGCACGUAGUAUAGCGAGUUUGGAGGACCACACGACGCGCGCGUACGUGGAGACAGGUAGCCUAGGUCGGGGACACAAUAAGGUUAGGGAGAAAAAAUCGAAUCGCGAGAGCGACGUCAAGUCCGUCGGCGACAAAACCAAGUUACAAGACAAGGAUCGGAAGUCCGUCGAGAGGGACCACGGGAGGGACACUUACGUUAAAAAGACAGAGAAGGCGGACUCGAGGGAGCGUCGGUCCAUCGAGCGACUGGAUUCGCGCGACCGCAAGUGGGACGGUCACGGUCGCCGCAGCGUGGACCGAAAGGACAUCCGAGAGCUGCGGCGAAGUAUCGAGAGGCUGGACGUUCGGGAAAGAAGCUACGAGCGAUUGGACUCUAAGGAGAAGUCCCGUCACGACCCGUACGAGUGGCGGGGUAAAAGCGUGGAACGCUUAGACUGUCAGGCGUUGCGAAGCAGCUCUGAAUACUUGAACAGAAGUCCGAAGGAGAAGAGUCACCGACAUUCAGAAUCUAGAGAGCGCAGAGAGCGAAGCGUGGAGCGGUUAGACUCAAGAGAGAAACGAAAGAGCCCCGGUAGCAGGAACAACGUAAUCGACUACGACCAAAGGCACACCCUCGAGCGCUUCGACUCCGGUAACCGGAGUCCGUUCGAGCGAGUGACGGUGAAGGAGCACCGUGGGAAGAGCGUGGAAAGACUAGACUCUCAGGAGAAGCCCACCUUCGACUUUGACCCGGUGACUAUCGAACGUCUGAAGGGUCUGGAGCGUAGCAACUCGAAGGACAGCAGAGUACACGACCGAAAGUCGGAGAGGAGGCACGUGGACCGAGCCGACUCUCGCGAGAAGAAGUACCUCGAUCGAUUCGACUCGAGGUCGAGCGGCAGGAGUCUGGAGUGCAUCGAGCAGGAGAUAUCCGAGUGGAGGCGCAGCAGCAUCGAGAGGAUCGAGUACAAGGAGUCGAGGAAGAGCAAGAGAGCGGAGAGGGGCAAGUCCGAGGAGAAGCCUCGGGAGAGGGACGACUGGAGGAGCCUGGAGAAGGCGCGGAAGGACGAGGAGAAGCGGGAGCGAGAACGCCAGGCGAAGCUGUCUAUCGAGUCACGGACGGACACGGUCAUCGGGGUGCCUAUGGAGAUGGAGAACCUGAAGUCGAAGACGGUAUUCACGGAAUAUGAACCGAAGAUCGUGGGAGGCGUCGUGUUAGGCUUCGACGACACCAUCCCUGGCCACACGCCUGUGGAGCGCACGAAGAGCGACCCGAACCCGGCGAGACAACGGCUGGGAUCCAACAGCAAGCGACACAUACUGAUGCAUCAGAAGUCCAUCGAUCUGACGCCCGCCGACUCCGGAGACGAGGACCCGUUCUCCGACAGCGCGGCCAUGCAGAAGACCAACGUGGACAUACCGUACACCUUGCACAAGCGACACGUGAUGAACGGCACCGCGUCCGACGACAAGUCCGAGUCGGACAGCGGGAAGACCUCCAAGAAGAGCACUCGCGACCUGCCCAAAUUGCCGCUGAAGAUGAUCACCGACAUCUCCUGCUUCGAUUUGUCCAAGUUGUCGUCGAUAGACAAGCCGGGGAACAAGGUCUCGCCGGAUAAGCCGAAGAGCGCGUCGAUCACGCCGACAAGGCCCAAGUCGAUACUGAGUCCAUCUGAUAAACCGAAGAGUAUAUUGAGCCCCACGUCCAAGUUGUCGCCUACGGACGCGAAGAACGUGAUCUGCGCCUUCUCGCCGAGUAACAGAAGCCCCUCGAAGGGCUCGAAGGCUCCGUCGCCGGAUAAACCGUCGUUGAGGUCCGCCUCGUUCGAGAAACACACCACCACCGCGGAGAUCGUGAUCGAGGACCGGGGGUACGUCAAGUCUUCCAGUCUGGAUAAGAAACCGUCGAAGCUCUCUCCGAUAGAACCGAAUGUGACGAUCAUAUCGUCGUUCGAGAGACGGUCGCCUAAGGUCUCGCCCACCGACCCGAACGUGACGAUUGUGGCCGCGCUGCAGAAGAAACGCUCGCCGGACGCGUCGAAGGGAGUCGUCGGUCAGCGGUCCUUCGACUCUAAGACGAAGGCGUUGAACUUUGCGGACGUGGUCGGAAUGGAAAUGAAGCUGAAGCUCGAGCGUAAAGCGAAGUCCGAGGUCGAGAAGGACAGCCUGCAGACGCCGGACGACAGUCUGGAGAAGCAGGACAGCAUCGAAAAGAUACCUCUGCCGGAGAUUCCGAUUAUGGUGAAAUCCGAGGAGGAGCCUAGAGAGGUAACCAUGGAAAGUUGCGUGGAGAAAGAGGAGCCUAAGGAAGUAAAGGAGAAACCGAAGCUUCCUGAGAAACCGAAAAUUCCUGAGAAGCCAAAGAUUCUGGAGAAGCCGAGCAUCCCGGAGAAGACGAAGCGCAUUCUGGAGAAGAUGGAGUCGAAGUUCUCGGCGAUGAAAAUGGCGGGUCCGAAGAUCAUCGACACGGGGUUCGACGACUUCGUGGACCCGGUCGCUGACCUGCCGCUGGACGAGGUGCCUGUGAAACCUGUGUUAGAGCUGGACAGUCUGAAGGUCCCCGAGUUCCUGCCCUUCAUGUCGAGGCCGCACGGCGAGCCGCUGCGCUCGAAGUCGCUGUCGCUGGCCGAGGAGAAGGCGCCCAUCGAUACGUUGCUGUCGCCAGAGGUAGAGAACAAGCACUUCGUGCCGGACGUGUCGCCGAAGAAGGCGAAGAAGGCGAAGCCGGAGCCGAAGAAGGACUUCAAGAAGCAGUCCAAGUCGUUGGAGGGCGACAAGCCGCCCCUGAAGAAGGCUGGCUCCAAGGAGGCUCGCACGCCCACCACCAGCUCCAAGAUCGACAAGUUGAAGCUGAAGCUAGGGGAGAUGCCGCAGGAGAUCAUCAUAAUCGACUCGACGGACGUGGCGCCGGAAGUGAGCAUAGUGCAGAAGGGCAGGUCGAAGUCGGUCGGCAGACUGUCGGAGAAGGCGUACUCGACGCCGACGAAGGAGGAGAGGGACGAGAGCAAGAGCGGCCGAGCGAAGUCCGCCUCCGUGGACGACGACAUGAUCAAGGUCGCCGCGAUCGCCGCGAAAUCGGAGAAGGCUCGCCCGAAGUCGCUGGGCAUUUCCAAGAGCCUAGGCAGCACCGAGAAGAAGGACUCCGUGGAGAAGAUCUCACCAAAGAGGACCAUCUCGAAGAGAGCGGAGACGAAAUCCACGGAAGCGAGGUCACCGACUUCCUCCAAGGACGCGCCCAGACGAGAAACUAGGAUAACGCGCUCGAAGACCGAAGCCAAGGCCGACACGGACGUCGAAGAGCCUCCGGACGUUUCGGAAAUGAUCCGACUGGCGCGGGAACGCGAGGAAGCCGAGGAGGCGAAAGAGUCGAAGGACCCCAAGAAGAGCGCCCUGGCGCAGGAGCUGACGGAGUCGCCGGUGGUUCUGCGGAAACCGGGUCAGACGCCCGUGUUGUUCGCUCGCGCUCGUCUAGGUUUGUCGGAAGGAAGCGGAAUCGGGGCGUUGCAGAGACAAGGAGCGACGCAGUCGCCCACAGCCCAGAGGAGAGCCAAGUCCCUGGACGCGGCGGUGAUCGCGGUGCACAGGCUACCGCCGGCUAACGCGUUCUCCAGCAAGGACGACACCGUAGACGUUUCGGAGAACGCGGAGGAGCAGCAGGAGGGCAGGGAACAGGAAGGUGCGGUGCCACCGGAGGUCGGUUUCGUAGCCAAGCAGUCGAUACAAGCGGAAGCGUCGCCGAACCACAGGUCCGACAGCACUGAUCACACCACAGUGCCGGAGAUCUUCACAGACUCGUUAUCCGUUACGGAAACCUCCGCGCAGUACCUGGAGUCGCCGCUCACAGAGUGCAACGAGAUCACCGCGAGUGCGGACUUGAUUCCCUACGAGAGGGACGUCGUGCAGGAGACGGACAGGCAGCAGAAGACCAUGCUGGAGACGGUGAAGGUGGACGAGAGGACGAAGUUCAUCGAUCAGAGCUCUGUGGAGUCCGGCGCCGAGCAGGAAGUCCCUGAUCAGACGGUCAGAGCAGAGAAGAUCGAUCUGCUCAGCAUCUCGAAAACCAUCGAAGGUUCUGUUCCGCGGACGAACGUUGAGACGUUCUCGAUCGCGAAGGAAACGCAAGAGGUCGACGCGAGGACGUCCGUGGAGAGAGAUGACUUACCGGACGUGACGGUAACCAGCGCGAACGUGACCCGAGAAGAGGAGCAGUCUUCCAGGAUGAUUGAUUUUGAUGAGAGUCAAGACAUGGUCAAGUCACCGAUCCAAAUUUCUAUCGAGGAAUGUUCCGACAUCGACGACGACGAUCGCGACGAGGACGAAGAGGAAGACGACGAGGACGAAGACGAAGCGGUGCACAGCGACGAUCAGGACGACGAUCAAGGAUUACAGGAUCAGGAUGGCGACGACAAUCGUCCGUUAGACUCCGCGGACACCAGCGAGGACACCUUGGACGCCCUUGACACUCAGGUGCACAUGAGAGGCAUAGACAGCGAGCUCAGUUCGCCGGACUACGGCGUUGACAAGAUGGACGAGAAGACUUUGGUGGAGGUGGAGUUGACGCCCGAGUACUUGGAGAUGAGAAGGGAGGACGAAGAGGGCGCCGAAGAGCUGCCCGAGGACGAGGAGCCCGAGGAAGGGUCGAGGAGAAAGGAAUCGAUAGAGGAGCCCAAUCGUUUGUCCAUCGAGAAGAAGCUCAGGUUGAGCAGCGAGCGCUCGAGGAGCGAGGAAACAAGUACUUGGACGCCGGAUCGUGAAGAUCCUGAAUCAAGUUCCUGUUCCAUCGCCCGUCCUUUGGGCAUAGGGCAGAUUCAACCGAUAGUGGAUCGACGGGAGAUCGCGAUGGCGAAGGAAGCUCGCGGCUCCUCGCUGGAGGAAGAGAACGGUUCUCGACUGGGAAGCAAGCCGGAGUCCAGCUCGACGUGGAAGCCGUUCCCGUUGGAGAGCUCCGGUAGCUCCAGCACGGAAGACGGUUGGCCCGCACAGGACGAGAGCGCUGCCGUUCAGUCUCAGUCCGAGGACAGCAACGGGCAAAACGAGGACAGCUUCCAGGAGGACCUGGCCGACUUCCCCGGCAGUUUCAUCUACCCGACCGGCCCGGAUAUCCUGAACAGCUGCGGCACGUUCGCGUUGACUCGAACGCUUUCGAGAAUAUCCGAGAGGUCCACCACCUCGGAACAGGACAAGAGCGACCUGGAGGAUUCACUGAAGCCUAGUUCUAGGUCUCCGAGUCCGGACGACGAGUCGCUCAUAUCCAGCGACCGCCAGCCUUCCCUGUCUUCCGACCCGCCGUCCGGCACCGCCAUCCCCUCCGUUUCGGACGAUCGCCGCACCUCCUCCGAGCUACCAGACAUCCCCAUCGACGUGGUGACCAUGGGCCCGGAAGAGGACUUGAAGUCCCCGAAAUCACCCGGCAGAUCCAAACUGCAGACCCAGAGUUCAGAGGACUGGCCGUCGCCUCCUAGCUCGCCGGUGUUCGACCCGCCCGUGGUCAGCCACGUGGAGACCUUUUACAUGGAGAUAAAACCCGAAGAAGCGGUGAAGGUGACGGUGACGGACAGCACGGAGACCCCCGGGAGAAUGGACCGCGACAGCGAUUCCAGCGACGAGAACCGAACGCUUCACGACGACCUGCACUCCACCUUCCUGGAGGACGGCCAGAGCUCCGUGUCCGCGACCAUCAUCGACGGCACCGUGAAAAUAGCCGUGAAACCGAAGUCUAACUCGUACAUCACUGGCUCGUCGCACAGCGAGGACACCUCCAUGGGCCUGUCCAUGUCCGAGUGGUCCAGCUCGAACAACACCGUGCGCCAGUUCUGCCAGUACUCCGGCACCAAGUCCGACGACAACUCGCUGGCGGAGCUGGGCGCCUCUAUCUCGGACUGGUCAGGCAGCACCACCGUGGUGCCUCAGCAGUACUACUCGACAAUCGCCGCGGACAAGAGCCAGAGCGACACCACCACCUCUGACAAAAGCGUGACCAGCACCAGGUCGAACAACAAGCGCAAGACCUCCGAAGUCUCUCCUCCGGCUCCCUCCUCGCCUCCGUUACCUCCGCCGCCUACUUCGCCUUCGCCACCUCUCACACCUCCGCCUGCGCUCCCUGGAUCCGCGGACUCGCCCCGUUCGCCGUACCCCGUUUGUCCGAUGGACGACGAGCGGUUCGAGGCGUCCAGGGACGAGCAGCUGGACGAGGCGAGGAGGUUCAUAGAGAGCCAGUUCGACGAGCAGCGUCGUCGACGAAGAGACCCGGAGCGAAUCGCUCCGAGGUCCUCCUUCGGAGACGUCUCGCCGCCGAGAAUCACCCUGCGGAACGAGUUCGACGAGGCGAUCGACGACGAGUUCCGAACGAUGUCUGACGACGGCGACGCUCCUCUGCCGAUCCUACAGGAGGAGGAGGAGCUCGACGAGCAGGAAGAGCGCCGGGACGAGGACGAGGACCGUCUGUACGAUAACGUGCCGGCGAUGAAGUACUCCAGCGGCGACCAGGUUCGCAUGGAGGUGGCGCGAGGGGACAGCUCCGAGGACAUGCACGAGAAGUACGCGGACCUGGCGCUGUCCUCUCGCGCGGCCGGAGAUGACGACUGGUCGUUCGAAGAGGAACGAGAGACGGCGGUCGAGAAGGAGAAACCUAGAUCGAGUAGUAAAUUUGAAAGAGGGUUUUCAGAACCGACGGAGGUAGGCAGAUACGAGACCAGGUCCACCGAGCGACCGGUGAUCGUCCCUAUACGAGCAAAGUCGACGCCGUAUUACUCGACCACCAGUCUCAGCGGCGAAUCCACCACCUCCAGCCCUCCGAUGCAGAUCAGAACGCAGGUACGAACGAAAACGAUGCCUUACUCCUCGAGCAGAAGCCCGCAGAGCGAGGGCGACACCUCCUCGAGCAUGGACAGUCCCGUCCACACGCCGGUUCGUGGACAGACGACUGUCCAUCGACGGAGAAGGGAGAAUCUGAAGAAGCGCCAUCGGGCGAUGCUCGAUCUCGAAGUGAAGGACGGUCAGAUCGUCUCGAGCACCGAUUCCAGCUUCGACGUGGCCACCGUGCCCUCGCCUCUGCUCGCAGAGCGUCCAAGUCCCGACGUCGACGACGACGACGAGGACGACGAGUACUCGGAGGCCAAAGAGAAUCAGAACCGACGACAAAAGCAGCGUUGACGAGACUCCGACGUCGCGUCGCGUCGUUCGAUCUCCAGGAGAACGGACCGGGACGCGUGAUAUCGAUCGGGAGAGAGGGAAUAUCAAAAAUUAAUCGCUCCAAACGAUUAGCGCGUUCGUUACUCGUUUUAGGAUAAUCGAAUCGAUUGCCGCGUUCGGGCAGUCGAUGCCGCGCGCACCGAGUCUAAGCAAGCGAAGAACGAGACGACUGUUACGCCCCUAACUAGUCUAGGGAUACGCGAUAGGAUAGCGAUAACGAUCGACGCGCACGAGACGCGUCGGGAUCGAUAGGAUCGUAGCGAGGUUUAACGAGCAUCCUCCGAGGAGAGGAAGGGAGAAUCAAGGAUGCCGCUCGGAUUUUAAGGAGAACGACAAUCAUUGUUGGAAACGAGCGAGCAAGACAGAAGACGAGCAAUCGUCGGUUUGAGAAUCGGUCGUAUUAUUUGGUCAUAGUUUAGUUCGUGUUCUAGGACGGAAGACAAGUUGCUCAAAACGUAGGUACUUAAUUAAACACGAUUAUCGCGUACUUUCGUUCAAUACGCUCGCGAGGAAUUGCGAAUCAUGGUGCGAGUGGCGGUCGAAACGGAACGCGCGGCGCGGAAUAUAUCACGGUAGGUUUAACGAAACGUUCGUCGUUUAAAGAUCACGAUCCAUCCGCAGCGCUCCUCCUCUUCGGAUCUCGUUCUUCUUACUUUUACUUUUCACGGGUUGAUCUCUGAUGCGCUGCCGCCAAAUUCAUAACGCGUGCGCAGCUGUUAGAUUCAUGACACAUUCGCGGUUGUCAGAUUCACUGCGCGUGCGCAGCAGUCAGAUUCAUGACGCAUGCGCGAUCGCUAGACUCACAGCGCAUGCGCAGUUGUCAGAUUCAUGACGCAUGCGUGGUUGCUAGAUUCACUGCGCAUGCGCAGCUGUUAGAUUCAUGGCGCAUGCGUGGUCAUCAGAGUCACUACGCAUGCGCAGUUGUUAGAUUCACUGCGCAUGCGCGGUCGUCAGAUUCACAGCUCAUGCGCACUGACUGUUUAACGAUCUGGUCAAAAAUAAAUAUAAUUCGUAAUCUGUAAUGAUCUAAACUGUUGUUAAUCUAUUUAUAAUUAUAUGUAGAAGCCUGUAUAAUUAUAUAUAUAAUCUAUAUAUAAUUGUAUACUAUAUCUACAUAUAAUUGUACAGAUUAAUAAUUGGGAUAACUUCAAACACGAAGUGCUAAAAUUAUAUUGUGGUGAAUUGUCGGUAAAUCGACAGCGUAUUGGGUUCGAUCGUGCUUUAUUUUCCGGGUUUCUCGUUGAUCGCGAAAAUAUCGUAGUAGAACGUCUUCCUCGAGGUCGGACCUUGGUCUCGAUCGAGCAGUGUAGUAAAGUCAAUUAUAAAGUUUCGUCGAUCGAUGAAAGUAAAUGCAGACGCUCGUUUUAAAAAUACGAAUUUUACCUUGAAAAGGCCUCGACGCGAGUCGUCAGGGCCUUUUAUCCGCGUGAAAGAGAAUUUAUUCGCGGCGAAGGACGUCACGAUGACGCGAAAGCAAGAAAUCGCGAUCGGUCGAGAAACUGUCAGCGAGUAACGAACGUUUUUGUGCCUUGCGUCCAACGACUCGGACGUGGGAUACGCGGGAUCGAUCGGGGCUAAAUUUGUCGAUCGACCUUAACGGGUUACGAGAAAAGAGGGUAAAUAAAAGACCCGAGGGUCGGGUUGGGUUAAAGCGUUAAGCGCGUCGUUGGUCGAAGCGUAAGGGGUUCGAUUAAAAAUAAUUCUGUCGCGUUUGAAAACCUCCUGCGCGAUUUUAACUGUAAAAUACUUUCCGUUUUUCCGUUCCGAGGUGUCGAUCCAGAGCAAUAAUUUACAUUCGUAAGACGCUGGUAGCUGCGAGUGAAUCGUUGACGGAGGCAAGGCUAGUGUACUCGUAAACGCUUGUCGAAAGGGGAUAGAAAGAAUCGAACUUUUCGUUCUCGUCGCGUUUCGAUCGUCCGAAACGAGAUUCCUGACCAUCAACCCUCAAACUUUCAUUAAACCGACACAGUUCACUGGGUGUUUUUUUACGAAAAGGUUUCGUCUGAAGGGUCAUAUCGAAUUUUAAUUAGUUUCUUGUUCAUAUACGGUUCAUUCGAAGUUGGGUGUCGGUGUAUUUUGAGGGUUAACUCUCCCCACGUAAUUGAAUAUUUAAGAUGGUCAGAGACUUAACCCUUUCCCUGCGCUGCCUGAUUGAUCGCUGAAUAAUUCGCUCGUUAUUUAGAGACUCUCAGGAGAAAUUCGAGUUUCGUGGCUAAUUCACUCGUCUUCCACGCGGAGAAACGGUCAAGUCGAAGGCUCGUUUCGACGACGGAAGCCGCGAUAAAACGCGAGAUCACACUCGGAUGCAAAUGUUUCCUUCGACACGCAAUUUAGAAUUUUCAAUUUUGAUGUAAGAUGUGUGGUUCAGAGAUGUGGAAGUUAAAAAUUAGAUGAGAAUCUUGGGGAGUUAGGGAUUUGAGAAAUGUAGGGAGUUAAGGAUGUUAAAAUUUGAGACCUUAGGAUUAGGAAAUCUAAGGAUUAAGGGUUUGCAAAUUUUGAAACGUUCCAAAGUUCCAAGUGUCGCACUUGUCGGCCAUCUUGUUUAUAUUAGCGUCCACCUCAAACUUUCAAACUUUAAAAUUCAUUUAAAUACUUUUAGCUGACUUUAUUAAACUUGUGAAACAUGUAAAAGACAUGUGAACAUUGCUGUAAAAUAUCUUUCUGCAAUAAAGUCUACUUGUAAAAACUUCAUAUGGGCUCGUGGUCGUAAAAAUGAAGCUUUUACUAGUACAGCACUUGUCGGCCAUCUUGUUUAUGUUAGCGUCCACCUCAAACUUUCAAACCUUAAAAUUCAUUCAAAUAAUUUUAGCUGACUUUAUUAAACUUGUGAAACAUGUAAAAGACAUGUGAACAAUGUUGUAAAAUAUCUUUCUGCAAUGAAGUCUACUUGUAAAAACUUCAUAUGGGCUCGUGGUCGUAAAAAUGAAGCUUUUACUAGUACAGCACUUGUCGGCCAUCUUGUUUUUUACGGCCAUCUUGUUCAAAUACCCCACAAUAAGGUAUUCUUAUCAAGUUUAAUAAAAUUGAAUUUUGUAAGUGACAGAUGCUAAUAUAAAGAUGCAAAGUGCGACUGAAUAUUAUGGAUAAAAGUUGGAAAUGAAUUAAACGCACAGAAAAGGAAGUUGCGUCCGAGUGUGUAGCGCGACGCGUCUCGGAAGCGAGACAGUCCGUGUCCUCACGGACGAUCGUUGAUCGCGUAAUCGUUGAAAAAUAAUCGUUAAUCACCACCGUGACCCAUUAAUCGCCCCCACUCCAUUAGUCAUUGUUACGCUAUUAUACACUUAAUUGAUUACGAGGUUACAUCCGUAGAGCGCAGUGAAGAUUAUACGAAAAAACUAAACUACGUAUCGAAAGUUAUAAUAGGAAAGAGUAUAUGAAAUUAGAGGGCGACUGGCGAGUACCGAUCACCGAUGGCGAGGUUUUUCACCGACGAGUCAUUUCAUUCCGAUAGAUCGACGACGAGAAUUGAUUCGAAACGCGUGAUCGUGGAUCACGAAUUACGAGUGGAUGUCGUCGUAUCCUCGAUCUAUCUACGAGUUCCUGUAUCGGUUUCUUGUCCUCGUCUUGCAUUUGUGCAUUGUCAGUCCUGUCCUGCCAUCGUCUACACACGCACGCGUUUCCUCGAGCACUGUUCUUUUUGUAUUCUUGGUUUCUGUCUGUGUCAUCAUCGUCUCACCCCCUCCAUUUUCAUCGGUUUUCUGUUCUUUCCUUGGUUUUCUUCUUCGUUGUCGUCGUUUCGCACGCGUGCGUGUUGCUCGACUACGCAACGCGUACAGCCUCGAGAUAUUGCGCUCGAAGUUUUCGGAUCCUAGUUCCAAACGGCUCUCGGGCCCGUUCGAAACCGAGCCAACUCCGGUCCGCCGUCGAGGCGGAGUCACCAAGAAAGUACGAGACGAGGCAAACACCGGCCAGUUUCCCCUCGUUCAACGAGAAACAGACUGUUUUGCGAAAACCUCGAGCUCGAGAGCGAGGCUGAUAAUGAUGUUGAUCGGUUCGCAUCGUUAGCAAAAUGACUGACGCUUGAUUCGUUACGAUAUGAACGCGUGUCGCGUGCGAGGUUGUGCGCCAUCCGCACGCGUUUGCACGCGACACGCGUGUUACCACUUAUAUAUAUUAUAUAUACAUAUAAUAUAUAUUUAUAUUUAAUUAUAGACGUAAGGAUAGUAAUGCAAGGGUCGCGAUACCUGCAAUAGGGAUCAAGGUAUUAGACGUAAAACGCGUGCAGAUAACUUGUACGGUUAUGCGAGCUCCCGGUUGCAGCGCGAACUUUCUUUUUUAUUACAUUUUGUCGCGUACGGCACGGCGUUCGAUGCACCUUGCGACACUUUUAUGCGUUUUUACGGUGUGGUACUUCGGAGAGAUAACAAUUUUCUACAGUUCACAGCUAAAAAGAUAAGGCAAAUAAGGUUUAAGAUGUUAAGAUUCCUUCGGUAACCCUUAAUUAUAAUUAGAAUUGAAAAUUGCAAUGAAAAUGUGAAUCUGAUUUGAUAUAUGUGAACUGUAGUCAAAUUGUAGGACAAGGUUCAAAUGGGGAUAAGAAUAAGGAAAAAUUAACUCUGUGUGACGUGAAAACUGGACAUUCAAUAGGUAGAGUUGAAAAUUACGGUGAAAAUAUGAAUCUGAUUUGAUAUAAGUGAACUGAGGUCAAAUUGUAGAACAAGGAGUACAAACGGGGAUCAGAAAAAAGAAAAAUUAACUCUGUGUGUUGUAAAAAUUGGAUAUUCAACAUGCAGAAAUGGAAAUUACAGUGAAAAUAUGAAUCUGAUUUGAUAUAUGUGAACUAUAGUCAAAUUGUGGGACAAGGGGUUCAAACGGGGUUAAGAAUAAGAAAAAAUUAGGUCUGUAUCAUAUAAACACUGGACGUUCAAUAGCCAGUAUCGUGUUGUGAACUUUACUCUUAGUUUGCGCGGGAAAUUUGAAUGUCGCUUCAAUAUCGAAAUUAAAACGAAGCAAGGAAAAAUUUACUUGGUAAACCCUGAACGUUCAAUUACUAGACAGUCUCGUAUACCGUGAAAGCUUCACUCUUAUUUAAGGCAUUCAAAUUUGCGCGGGAAAAAUUUGGCAGGAAAUUUGAAAGUCGCUUCACUAACGAAAUUAAAAUUAAACAAGAAAAAAUUCGCUCUAUGUGAUGUAAAUCAUGGACGUUCAAUCAAUAAGCAGUCUCGUGUACUGUGAAAGUUUCACUCUUAUUUAAAGCAUUCAAAUUUGCGCGGGAAAUAUUUGGCGGGAAAUUUGAAUAUCGCUUCAAUAACGAAAUUAAGAUGGAACACGAAAAACUUCGCUCUGUAUGAUGUGAAUCUUGCACGUUCAAUCAAUAAGCAGUCUUGUGUACUGUGGAAGCUUCGCUCUCAUUUAAAGUAUUCAAAUUUGCGCGGGAAAAAUUUCGCGGGAAACUUAAAUGAAGUUUCAAUAACGAAAUUAACAAGAAAAACUUUGCUCAGUUCCUGUACAUUUAAUAGUGUACAGUAAACUCUUAGUUUGCGUGGGACAAUAGCAGUCGAAACCCUUAUAAAAUCAAUGAAUCUUAGUUUGCGCGGGAAAAAUUUGGCGGGAUAUUUGAAUGUCGCUUCGAAAGACUACCCCGUAAAGCGUACUAUUUUGGAUUUUUGGCUGUUCCGAAGGGAAGCGGAUGAAACGCGUGAUCGACGUCGUCAUACCAACUGUACGUGUGCUUCUCGACAGGUGGUGAUCCGAACAAUCGUUGGAGCUACGCGAACGGCUACGUGAACUCGCCAGCUUGGCACGUGCCACUUCGCGUGGCACAGAUUCGUAACGUAAUGGUUCACGCAACGCCACGCACCCUCACCAAUCGAUUCAUACCGGCAUACCCACGUUGAGAACAACGCGGGCCAAAGAAACAAAUAAAGAAGUACCACGCUACAGCUCCGAGAGACUAUCGGGGCCUUCGUUAUCGCGCACGACACUCGGCCAAACCGGAGUGACGCGUGUAUCGACCGGAGAAGACGUAUGCCCUCUUCGCUCUUCCAUCUUUGCUGCUUCGCGUUUUGCGACAAUCCCGUGACAAAACAACGCGUCGAUAUUUUAUCCACGACAAUGUCGCGUGGAGAAGAGCACGGACGCGGGUUGCGCGUCCUCGUCUUCGAACUGCUGACAUCUUCGCGGCUUUCUGAUCGGCUGGAUCAAUUAGGAUCACGGUGACGGCGAAACGAUGUUCACGGAUAUUUUUGCUCGAGUUAGGGCCGAUUCGUAAUUGCGUUUUCGCGCCAAAAUAGAUGAGAUCAUUUGACGGUAUUGAUUUUUGGAUUUUUAAAGCUUCAAGCUUUUAAAUUUUCAAAUUUCGGAAAUUUUAAAUUAACGACUCAA